UCGCGAUGGAAACGGCGUGGCGGAACGCUGAAUGCGUCACGUCGCUCUACGACUGCCUUCGCGACCUCGAGCUACGCAACGCCGAGCUCGAGGCCGAGGUGCUGCAGUGGCGCGAGACGAGCAAGGCGGCGCGGACGUCGGAUGCGACGGCCAGCGUCGACCUCUCCCGCGUGCUGCGCGAGCGCGACGAGUGGCGAGAGCGCUGCGAGGCGCUAGAAAAUACAUCCCGCCGCCUCGAGUCCAAGCUCUCGACAAUAUGCAAGGAGCAUGCCGAGCAGAUUGCCAAAUGGAAGGAGCGCACGGUGUUUGACCCAAACGAGCCCAAGCGCAUCGCGCUCUGCAUGACGUCGCUGCAAAAGACGUUGGACGCGCGCCUCGAAGAGAACGAAGCGAUGGUCCAGCGCCUCCGUACGGCGCACGCGCAGCAAAAGACGCUGGUCGAAGACAACCACGCGCUUCGGGACCGGCUCGCUGAGCACGUGGCGUUCGUCGAGCACCACCGCCGGCAUCUGCUUCGGUCGCUCGUGGAUCGACAGCACCGGUCGUGGAUCCAUGCUGCUUGGUGCACAUGGCUUCGGCGCCAUUGGCAGACGCAGCUGCGCGACGACAUUCAAGCCCGAGACGCGACGACCGAGGCACUCGCAGAGGCCGAGCGCGCGACGCGGGAGACUCAUUACGUGGCCUGCCUUCGGCGCAAACAGGCGCGCCGUUGCGCACAAAGCAGCUUGGCUGCGUGGCAACAGCACGUGAUGCGGCUUCGUCAGGCGCGUGUCAACGUGAUCGCCCGGUGGCGCACACUCAACCGGCGCACGCUAGAAAGCUCGUUUCAGUGCUGGCGCGCUUCGCAGCACCGCCUGCGCGUGCUUCGGCGCGUACUCACCCGCAGCGAUCGGCGCUCUGUACAGCGCGCCCUCCAACGCUGGCGUCACACGCAGUACGAAGACGCGUCGGCAGCCAAGGACGCCCGCGUCGCCGAGCUUCAAGCAGCACUAACAGAUGCCGAGGCCCAGCACGAACGCACCCAAAGAGAGCUUGAGGACGCGGCCGCCCGCAUUGCCUCCUGUGAAGAAACGCUCGAUACGCUGGCCGUGGCCACGGACCGCGAGCGGCUCGCCGAGGUUGCGCGACACAACGUGCUCACACAGCGGCUUGCGGACGAGCGCUGGCAGACGCUGCACGUUCGGCGGCUCCAAGACGUAUUGCGGGUGUGGCGAUGUUGCACCAAGCAGCGCGCGCGCCUCCGCGCCUGCGAGAUGCAAUGGCGCCGGCGCCAAGCACAGUACGCGCUCCACCUGUGGCAUAAGCGCGCUCGACUCCGACGCUACUGCGAACCACUCUACUGGCACCUUGUGACGCGCCGACUUUUGCGGCACACGCGUCUCUGCUUUGACGCUUGGAAGUCGAAGGCGGUGCACACAAAACACCGCCGCCAACGUGUGGCGACACUGGUUCGCCGCCGAGCGACCGCCACGUACCUUUGUCCGUCCUAUUCGCACUGGUGUGCGUACGUGAUGCAGCGCUGUUCGCGUCGAAGUCUUCUCGUGCGUCUCGCGCAGCGCAAGUGCCGCCGACUUUCCCAGCUGGCCGUUCACCGCUGGGUGCUGCAUCGAGCCGCCUGCGAGAAGCGGGGCGACCGAGUGCGCGCCCUGCUGUUGCAAGUAAUUGCGCAGGAGGACCACGUGCGGCAGUACAACGCGUACCACCGAUGGGCGGCAUUCACUGCCCAUCGGCAGUGCGUCCGCCAGUUUACAGAACAGCAGGCGCGGCGGUCUGCUCGACACGUCGUCCAGCGCACCUGGUGUACAUGGCGACAGUAUCUGAGCCACAAAGAACGUCAGCGUGAUGAACUGCGGCGUACCGUGGUGAUGUACAGCGUCCGACGACCGCUGUGCGCGGGCUGGAUGCAUUGGCGGCAGAUCCAUGUUCAGCUCCAACUGCACGAACAGCAUUUAGAGGACGUCGCGCGGCGCGACGCUGCCACGGCCUCGCUCCGCGCGUCCCUCGCGCUCGCCGAGGGUGACGUAGUCGCUGCCCACGCCGCCAUCGCGGCACUUCAGACCGAGAUGGCAUCGAUCGCGGCAGACGGUGCGGCCUCGGCGACGACGGCUGCUACCUUGACACAGCGCUUAGCGACGCUCGAGAACUGUCUCAUGGCGCGCGAAGAAGCGACGCAGCACCACCUUGCUUGUGCGAGGCACGACCACGGGCGCAUGACCAUGUGUCUGGAAGACUAUGCGAUGCGGCUGUGGCAAGCGCACGACGCGUCUGCGCAAUGGCAAUCGAUGCAUGCGUUGGCAACACGUGCGCACACGAGCACGAUCGAGCAGCUCGAGACCGUUCAAGACCAGUUGGUUGCGACUGUCGCCCGCAAAGCGCUGCAAAUCUGGCUGCAAAAGUCGAGUGUGUUUGUGUUCAACCGCUGGAAGACCUUUGUUAAACAGCGCCGGUCGUGUGCCGAUCGAAUGCGCUCCAUACUGCGUCUAUGCCACAUCAACGUUCUCCAGCGCACCUUUGGUUGCUGGAAGGAGCUUCGCCUCCGCCGCAAGCGGCAAGCGGCCAUCCUCGGCCGGUGGCAGUCGCUCCACGCGACGUCGCUGCUGCGGUCCACGUACAAGGCCUGGGUAUACAAUGUCAAGUGCGCCAAGUACCUCGGCCACUUGGUGCGUACGCUGGGUAGCGCCUUUCAGCAUACGUCGCUCCGCCAUCUCUUCUCGGUCUGGCACGCGUGGAUGGCUGAGCGAAAAACCGUACGCCGCGCGCUACAGAUCAUUGCCGCCUACCGACUUCGUGAGGCCCUUGAUGCAUGGAGCGCAACGGCCGAGCGCCUUGGCGCGCAGCGCUACGCGGCGCAGCUCGCGCUCGGCGCUGCGACGCUCCAGAAGGCGUAUGCAGCAGCCUUGCAACACUACUGGUUUGGCUCGUGGGUCGACCACGCGAUGAAGCUCAAGCACGACCGGCUCUUGUUGCUACGCUGUGCGGCCCGUCUUCGUCAUCUAAGUGUCGGGCGGCCGUUCAAUACGUGGCGUGACCACGGCCACGAACGACGUGCGCGUCGGUCCAGUUGCGACCGACUUGGUCGUGUCGUCCACAACCAUUGGUGCCGCGCGGCCUACAGUCGUUGGCGCCAGCAGUGGCUUCUCGGCUUGCAGCGCGACCGGACCGCCGCGAUCCUUCACGCACAGCGUCUCCAGCACGACCUCGACACCUUGAAGCAGAGAGCGCAGUCGGCCCAACAUCGAGCUUCCCAUUUGCAAGCACAGCAGGUUGCUGCCUUGGUGGCGCGGGCGUCGCGCAACGUAAUGCGCUCUGCGUUCAUCGCGUGGCGUACUCUGCACGAGGUGCAAAAAGCGCGGCAUGCACGUGUGCAGCAUGGCCUUCGCCGUUGCCAUCAGCAGCAUGUCGCACAAACAUGGCGUGCGUGGCACCACUGGGCAUCCCAGCGCCAGGUGUACCGCACGCACUUGACUGUCCAGACUCUGCGAUGUCGCCAGCUCUCUGCGCUUCGUCGGUGGCGGCGGCGUCUCGCCGAGACCCAACGAGAAAUUGCGUUCUGUGUCAUUGCCGACGCAUUCGUGGUCACUCGCAGACUGCAGCAGGCAUGGCGCGGAUGGCUCGCAGCUCGCGCCCACGACGUGCGCGCCAGAGACGUCCUCUUGUCGGUGCUGCGUCGCUGGGAGACGACCCAAGUGGACUGCUUCUUUCGUCGGUGGCACCAGACACGCAUAGCGAUCGCGACAUUUGAGAGGCGGCGCGCGGCGCUGCAGAGGCGGCAGAUACGGCAGCACCUGCAGCGCUGCUUAAUAGCGUGGGUCCACUGCACGCACGACCGCCGCGUGCGGCAGCGCCAGUAUACUGCUGCUGAUGGCUUGUGCCAGCGACGUACCUUUCAGCGCUGGCGCCAAGCUGCGUACAAACGUGGCUACGUGCGCUACCUCUUAUGUCGCGUCGAGCGCCGGAACUACCGGUCCGCCUGGGUGCUUUGGCUCCGCGGGAUGGCCGCGGCCGAUGUGGCACAGCUGCACGCCACUGUCGCGGCAUUGGAAACCGAGCUCGCGCGCGUGCAGACAUCCUCGACUGCGGCCUCCGCCGACCUGGCAGCGUCGCUCGACAUUCACGAAGCCACUGCCAAGUCGCUGCAAGUCGCGUUGCGCGAGCGUUCUGCGAGCUUGGCGGCGUAUGUUGACAAGACCCGGCACGUCCAGCACCUCGGACGGUGCUUGCGCGCGUGGUUGCAGCUUGUUCACUGCCGCGUGCAAGCCGCUGCCACCACCGUGGCGUUCUUCCAGCGCCGACGAGCAGAUCAUAUCCGAUCGAUCGCGUUAGAGUCGUGGCGUGUCCGUGUCAAGCGGCGUCAGCGACGUUGUCGACUCACAAGCAAGUUUCAAGCGCGGUACCUCACACGCGCGGUCGCCCAGUGGCACAAACAGACUACGACAAAGCUCGUCCUACGGCGCGUCAUGACGUGUCUGAUGCGACGCGGGCUCGGGUUGAAGCGCCUCGCGUGGCGUCAUUGGCUGCUGAUCGUUGUUGUCCGUCGCUUGGCCUUGACGCACGCGACGGUGUUGGACCGCGAACGCCGUCUCUCGAUGGACGCUGGCCUGCACGCCUCGGUGGCCGCCAACCGGGACGUGAUCACGUGGAAGCGCAAGUGGGCCAUCUCGCUCGUCAUCUCGCGAAUGCGCUGGAGCCGGCGCUGUCGGCAAAUGGCAAGCUUCCAGCAGUGGCAGCACGCAACAUCCAAGGUCGCGUGGCAGGCGCAGACUCGUCGCGCGAGCCAGCGUCGCGAGUCGACGUUUGGUGUCGAGCUGCAGGCAGCCCUUGCAUCGGCCAGCGCGGCGCAUGUUCACGCCACCGAAGCGCUUGUGGCGCCGCUUCGGACACUGUUGCACAUUCUCUUUCGCGCCAAGUCGAUUGAGGCGCUUCUCGACGGCGUCGCAGCAUGUGCUCUUCCCCACACGACCGGCUUCCUGUGGCUUGCCAACCCUACCAACGACGAGCUGUGGUCCAAGGCCAACGAUGCAGUCGUUGCCGUGCCAAGUCACAUGGGCAUCGCAGGACGUGUGUUUACGUCCGGAGCAGUCUUUCGAUCGACCGACGUGGCCGCUGACCGGACCUUUCACCCCAUGGUCGACGAGUGUGUGCUUGCUCCUUUGCUGCGUCGAGCUACCGCCCCUCGUGAGCCGCUCCGACUUGUCUGCGUCCCCAUUCAAUCGCAGAAAGGACCGGCACUGGGUGUCGUGCAGAUGGCGUGCGCUGCGUCCGCGUCCGCGACAGACAUGUUCGUGCUGUGCCAUGCCGCGGCUUUUGCCAUCGAGUGCAUCUUGACCGACGCAUUGAAACACGCUACAAAAGAGGCGACCAGCGGUGCUGCCAUCACGCGCGCCAAGCUCACCAAGACCUUCAAGCAACACCGCAACUGGAGGAUCUACUACACGGACUUGGCCCGUCGGUUCUCGGCGCUGCAAGCCGACCACGCAGCACUAGAGGCCGCCAAAGCCUUGUGUGACGACGACGUCGCGUCGCUCCAGCACCGCAUCGCCACCGCCGAGCGCCGACACCGCGCCGCGGAGUCCGAGCUGCACGAGCACAUUGCAGCCAAGCAGACGCAGCUGCAGGAGAAGAUCUCGGCAUUGGAAUCCGCGCUGAUUGCGCGGGAGGACGCGGUGGUCGACCUUCGUCAUGACGUGGAGGCCAAAAGCGCCAAGUUGCGUCAGUACAAGGCCGCACUGCAGAGCUAUCGGGUCCGCGCUCGGAGCGAAGCGCCGCCGACGCAAGACGACGGCAGCAGUAUGCAGCGGGCGGCGGAGAUCUCGAAUUUGCGCAACCAGCUCGGACGAGCCCAAGCCGACGCGCAGUUCUUAGCGAAAGCGAUAGCCCACGCGAUGCUGCACGACGGAUGCCUCCCACGCUCCAUGGAGGCCGAAGUGCUUCGCAUUUGCUCGGCGCAAACUGCGUAAACCGCAGUGAACUAUCCAAAUUACUAUCAAUUUAUCAACUACCUAUCGA